AUGACAGAUUACAAUGGAGUUAUUACUGCUCUGUAUGAAAUCAGCACAGUGAAUGAACUCCAGCAUAGGAGCAGACGUCAGUCCUUCUACUACAAGGUGGUUGCAGAUGCUGAGAAUCUUUAUACCAUCUCAUCAUUCAUUCACAUGGAGUUUGAUCAGUUCAUGAAAAUUGCUACUAACGGCAUGGAGAUAACCGAAUUAACAGGUAUAGGCUAUGCUGUCCACUUGAGGCGUCCUCUUUUUGCCACACAAUACCUUGCUGGUAACGAUGAGGUCAAGAGGGGCAUUGUGGAGUUUGCAGCAGAGAAGCUUUUAAAUGGAUUGUAG